AUGCAAAUUGACUCUGCUCUUAAUGCAUUGAUGGUUCCUCCCGGGCAAUGCAUCUCUCACAUACCUCCUCUGCCGGAUGAGCAAUCGGAAAAUAAAUUACAGAUGCCAGAGUCAGAACGCUUGUUCUUACGUUGGUGGGCUACACUGGAAAAUCUUCGAAGCAGUUUAAUGGUUAACUACGAACGCGUAAUUCUUGAGGAUCUGGACUUCUGCAAUGCGGCGCAGAUUGAACAAGGAAUGUGGAAGUCUGUUUUCUAUACGGUAUUAGAGUUCUUACGACCUUGGAUAGCGAACCCUUAUUUAACCGGGCUGCUACCGAAACCAGAAGAAAGUGAAAGUGGGCAGGCGGUUGCUGCGGCCGCAUGUUCUCGCAUGAUUAAACUCAUUCGGAAAGUCUGUCUAGAAGAUGUAAUUAGAGUCGGUGAGCAUCGUUUGACUGGGCUGCUGAAUCGGCUGCAGGCGAUUCGUCACAUUCACCUCGACUGCGUUCUCUCUGAGGGUCGACCGCCACCAGAGUCUGGCUCACGCACUUGCAGAUUAAUGUAUAUUAGUGCACAGAAGUUAAUGCUUUACCUCGGUGACUUAGCUCGCUAUGAGGAAAUAAUUAAUGGAGGGCAAAAUUUCGGAAAGGCUAGAAGUUGGUACCAAAAAGCUCAACUUCUUAUUCCUAAAAGUGGUAAACCCUACAAUCAGCUUGCAUUACUAGCCAUCUAUACGUCGCGCCAUUUUGACGCAAUGUGCUACUAUAUGCGGUCAUUGGCAGCCAGCAAUCCUUUUCCCACGGCGAGCCAAAGUCUUUCCGCAUUAUUCAACGAAGUGCAUACACAUGGAGCUGAGUUUCUGCGAAAAGGCAAUCGGAGUCUUACGGUACCCAAUGCCGCCGCCAGAACUGAGGCUUGGAAGAAAUCGAAGAAAAUAGUAGGCACUGCCAAUUCCCUUAGCCUUCCCUCAGACGAGCUGUUGGACGAUGAGAACGAGGAAGAAGGGGAGGAAGCACAGGCCGAUGCAGAGGAAUACGCAAACAUGUCACUCAUCGAGGUAUGUAGUCGUGUCGGAAAGAUGGCCUACUUUGAUAUACUCCUAACGAAGUUAUUUGGGCUUCAUUUUAUGCAUGCCCACGGCCAACUUUUUACGAAAAUAGGAGCUCUACUCUUCCUUUUACAAAGAAUGGAAACCUUCCCUGAGGUCGCAUCUAUGGCCCUCCAAGCCCUCUCUGGUCUUCUGGCUCAGCGACCGUGCCCCUUGUCGGAAGACCGUCUGUGUCAGAUACUCAUGGUUAACAUGUUCAACCUGGAUCGCGCAGCUAUAUUCACAGCCCAGUCCGCGGUCAGCAUGGUCGCUGCCAUAGGGAGAAGCAAGAUCGGUGCUGCUGAAGUGAGUCGACGGCAACAGCAGCAACAAUUACUUCAACGAAAACCUAAGGUUGAGUCGGAGACCCUCCGCUCAGUGCACCACGACCACGCAGCGCGCUUCGCUCUUGACACUUUUAGUCUAAUUUGCCGGAGAGCUGCAAAACUCUUCACGGAGUCUCGAGCGGAGUCGAGAACUUCGGGGGAUUGGCUUCACCCCGAUUUGCGCAUCCUGCUGCCGGCACUGCGCCUCUGGACAGAGUGGAUGAUUCUCCACCCGGAGCAUUGGUCGCCGCCGCCGAAUCACCGUGAUCCUACCUUGCACCCCCGUCUCGACGACUGGCGCCUCGUGGCGGAGAUGUGCACUCACGCCGCCCAGUGGUUCGCCGGAGUUAAGAGUGCACCCUCGGUGAAGGAGAUCACUCCCACCACCGCCCUCGUGGUUCAACUGCACCUUCGUAAGCAUAGGGCGGAGGCUGAUGGCGACCACCCCGAUGCAACAGCAGAAUUGGUGAACCGAAUACCCGCCUUUUUGAAGUACACUACCCUCUUCGAGGAAACUGUUUGUGCCGGGUUCAAGCCCAUGCUUGACCUCAUUCCCAAAAUGUACCAAUACUCCGGGGACUGGGAUGCAGAAAGCGUGGCUCACUACAUACGCAUUGAAAAGAUUUUGUUGUUUGGUGACUUUCUCUGCGGGAUUGAGCCACCAGUCCUUUCUUAUGAUGUUGACAAGGCCAUCUACGAACCAGUCGUCGAGUGUGAGUCUUGCGAGCAGGCACCGAUCAAAAAGUCUCCCUCAUGUCAUCAAAGCGACUCUGAAUCGCUGACUGGUAGUGAUGCCGAAUCUGAGGUGGACGUACAGAGUGGUGGCAAGAGUGCGACAGCUGCGUUGAAAGCUGAGAAGGAGGAAGGAAUCGAGGAGAAUGAAGGUGGGGAAGAGAUUUGCGCUCUGCGUCGUCGACGUGCUGUGCUGCGGAGCCAGCUGACGGAGGCAAGACGCCUUGAGGCGUGGCGGCAACAAGCAGUGAGGCAAGCGGCUGCGGGCGGUCCGCGUGGCAUCGAGAUUGAGGUUAGGCCCAUCUACAUCCUCCCCGAUACAAACUGCUACAUCGACUGGCUGGAGGGUGUCGCACGUCUCACCCAGACCUCCUCUAAUUACACCGUUUUGGUGCCCAUUGUUGUCUUCAACGAAUUGGACUAUUUGGCAUCUCAGGAUCGGGCAUUUGCUUUUAACUCUAUCGAGAUAGCUUUUGCACAGUAUCUUACUAAUCCCAGUUCUACCAGCAGUGAGUUUAAUGGUAGUAGUGGCGGUCGCGCCAAUCUAAUUCAGGAACGUGCAAAAGCUGCCAUAGCUUUUUUGGAGGGCGAGUUCAACCGCCGAAAUCCACGACUACGCGCCCUUACGGCUAAAGGUAGUAUGUUGGAGACUAUUGCCUAUCGUAAUGAGGCAAAUGGAGGCAAACAACCCGGCCAAAUCAACGAUGACGUGAUUCUCACCUGCUGUCGGCGGUUUUGUAAGGAGGUACUGACGCAAAUUUCCGCCGAGGGGAAUCUUGUAUCAACUGCUGAAUCGAAAAGAUUUCCCUUCCUAAUUGUAAUCGGUCAAACUGUACUGAAGAACGUCGUUAAGGUACCAAAUCAGCCAAUGCGUGUAACAAGAGAAGUGGUGCUUCUCACAUCAGACCGAAAUUUGCGUUUGAAAGCACUAAGCUUGAACAUACCUGCUCGUCCACUUCGUCCAUUUGUUGAGUGGUCCUCCCUCAAGCCUGUUGCCGUGUCCGCAGUCUCCUCUCUCUCUAGCAACGACGUCGACCCACCCCUCUCGGCUCACACCAGCAGCGGCCGCUGGAAGAAUCGGAAGCAUCCAAAAUAG